CCACAAACAGAAGAAACCAUCUCAUCAUUCUCACCAUACCACAAACCACAAACAGAAGAAAUUAAGAUGGCUUCAGAGUGUCAAGGCAAGAGUUCGUGGCCAGAGCUCCUUGGAGCAAAAGGAGAGGAUGCAGAAGCAACCAUUGAGAGGGAGAACCCUGACGUCGAUGCUGUGGUUGUGCUGGAAGGGUCGGUUGUGACAGCUGACUUCUUAUGCACCAGGGUUCGUGUUUGGGUUGAUACUGAUGGCGUCGUUACCAGGGUCCCAGUCAUUGGUUAAGCCACCGCAAAUUUCAUAGGGAAUGUCUUCCUACUAAAGAUGAUUACAUAUGAAUAAGAUGCGAUUUCUCUCCAUAUAUUAUUUCGUGAUUUGUCUCUCUAUCUAUGUACCUGUUCUUCAUCUAUGUACCUGUUCUUCAUUUAUGAGCAUUGUCUUUCAAGAUUUCAGCCUAGACUUUACAUGAAUUUGUCAGUCUGAAGCUGAAAAUUCCUUUUUCUCCAUAUAAGAAGGAAAUAAGCAUAUGAACAGUCC